AUGGAUUUGUUAAAAGAGCUGACUGCAUAUGGUCAAAGUUUGGAGUUGACGGGAGCGGAUCUUCAGAGGUUCAUCCGUGAACAGCAGGCACAUCUGCGAGAACUCAGAGUUGAGCAAAGAGAGAGACAAAAGGAGGACAGAGACUAUGAAUUGAAGAGAGAAAAGUUGGAAGUAGAGAAGCGUCGACUAGAAGAAAAGAAAUCACUAGAUGCGCUGGAAAGUAAAUACCAAGCUAUUGUUCAAGAACUUAAAUACCAGUUGAGUUUGAAAGAGACAGAAUCUAAAGUAGCUAAACGAUUCGAAAGAUACGCUAUAGCACAGAAGUGGAACGAAGGAAAGUUGGCCGUGAACUUAAGCGCAUUACUUAAAGGACGAGCUCUUGAUGUCUAUGCCUUGCUUCCACAAGAAAAGGCUCUGGAUUAUGCAGCCCUGAAAACAGCUUUACUAAAGAGGUUUGAGAAAACAGAGGAUAGUUUUCGAGAAUAUUUCCGUAGGUGUAGACCAGAGGUAGGUGAAACCUUUACACAAUUCGCAGUUCGUUUAGGAAGUUAUCUAGACAGAUGGAUUGAAUUUGGAAAAGUUAACAAAACUUACAACGGACUAUAUGACUUAGUGUUGCGAGAUCAGUUCAUAUCAAUUUGUAAUAGAGACUUAUCGUUGUUCCUAAAAGAGCGUAUUCCAAAAAGUAUUGAAGAGAUGUGUAUGUUAGCGGAUCAGUUCAAAGAGGCACGUCAUGUAAACAUAUUAACUUUAGUUUCUUCUAGCAAAAAGGAAACGACAUUUGAAAACAGAAAUCCAGUUGCAGCCAGAGAUCAACGCAGCCAGAAGGAGCAAGUGCCACCGAAGACUAAUGGUCAGUCCUUUUCACGACAGAAGAAGACAGGGAAGGAUAUUCGAUGCUACAAAUGUUCCAGGCUAGGACAUAUAGCCUCGCAGUGUAAACAGUCAUCAAGUAAGAAUCAAAGCUUUGCGGUGAAAGCGGAUACUUCAAGUGAGUCAGGAAGCAGUUUGAAGGAACACAGAGAUUCAGUGUAG